AUGUUUCGACUGCUCAUCAGAACGUCACCGGCAAGAUGGUUCCUUGUCAGAAGAAUACCUUCCGCCUCUACCACCACCACCCCCUUGCGAAGUCUCCACGCAACAUACACCUUAAACUCCAAGAAAAACAAACUGAAAUCAAAAAAACUCGACAAGGAGGAUGAAUAUGUCCAACACGAAGCAGAAACAGAGAAAAUCACCCCCACGAUAGACUUUAAAUCCACCGAGACCAAAUUCGAAAACGUCCUAGCCAGAUUCGAGAAAUUGGCCAACGAAAUCAAAUUGGGCAAAAUCAACCCCAAGAUAUUCGAUAAUUUGACCGUGAACGUCGGCAACAACACAAAUGUCGACGAGGUGCCCUUCACUUCAGUAGCGCAAACGUCGGUCAAGGGCAGAAACUUCAUCGUUACCAUGUUCGACCCGCUGAACGCUGACAGCAUCAUCAACGCUAUAAUCGGCUCGGGACUCAAUAUGAGCGGCACCAUUGACCCCGCCAACAAAUUCAACAUCAGGAUCCCCUUGCCUCCCAUCACUCAAGAGACAAAGAAACACGACGCCAAAACGUUGAAGGAGCUCUAUGAGAAGUUCAGGAAUAACAAGACAGGGUCGAUGAAUAGCGUGAGAGGCGAGACGAGAAGUAAAUUUCAGGGCCAUUUGAAGCAUCAUAAGUUGUCCGACACUGAGAAUAAGCAGUUGGAACAAUUGGAGAAAUUGCACAAGGUGUUUGCCGAUAAGUUGCAGGCUUCGUUUAAGCUGUUUGAGAAGGCAAUCUUAAAGUGA